AUUUUAUUAUGAAAUGAGAAAUGUUAUGAAAUCAAAUACAUGUAAUCAUUUUUGAAAGGCUCAAAACUGUGGCUGUCAAUGUUGAGAAUGACACAUCCAUUGGGGUAACUACAGUAACCAAGGUUGUUAUAGUAACCUACAGGAGAACAGGAUCUAGCUUCAUUGCUGAACUUUUUCGCAGCAAUUCUGGUGUAUUUUUCAUGUUUGAACCAUUCAUAGGCCAAAUACAUGAUAACAGGAAACCAAUUGAAGAUAUACAACUCACCGGGCCGAUUUAUUUACAAGAGUUGAUGAACUGUCGAUUCCAAAGCACGUCCUUAUUCACCACUUCAAAGGCCUGGUUUUGGAGAAUACUAAUGAACAGGAACCUUGUAGAUUUGGCGAAGAAAAAUUUGACAGAGCUAUCAGAAUUAUGUUCUAAUAAAAAAUUAGUCGUUGCAAAAACGAUAAGAAUACGAGAUAACACGGCACUUCAAAGACUAAGUGGGUAUUUUGGCAAUGACACGGCUCUGUUGUUUCUUGUCCGGGAUCCACGAGGGCUGCUCAAUUCCAGGAAUAAUGAAAGUCCCGCUUAUAAACACUCCUCCCUUAACUCAAAAUCAGAAGACAUGGACACAACUUGUAAAUCAAUGCUGCAAAAUCUAAAAUUCAUCCAGAGCUACCAGGUGACAAAUAAUAAACCUAGAUUAUUGCUAAUUAAAUAUGAAGAUUUCAGUGAAAAUCCAUUAAUGCAAAGUCAGAAACUCUAUGCAGAUCUUGGCCUGAUCCUCCCCAAUGAAGUCAAAACUUGGAUCAGGAACAACACCAACUCAGAAGACAAACAUAACAAACUUGGCAUGCAAUACAUAUAUGGAACAAAAAAGAAUUCAAAGAUUGUACACCAAAGAUGGAAAAAACAACUUAGGUUGCCUGAAUUGCGUAUGGUUCAGAAAUUAACCACUUGUGCAAAAUUGAUGAAAGCACUAAACUAUGAUUUUGUACUGUAACUGCAGGGAAAGCUAGAA